AUGGAAUAUCUGAAUAGGGCAUUGAAGAAGCUGAAGGAGAACCUAGACUUUAAGUAUCACCCAAAGUGUUCCAGAAACAAUAUUACUCAUAUAUGCUUUGCAGAUGAUCUGAUCAUGUGUUGUAGAGCUAAUAGAGUAUCCAUCAUAUUGUUGAUAGACAGAUUUAAUCAUUUUUCAGAAGUAUUAGACCUGAAAGAUAACAUGGAGAAGAGUUCUUUAUACAUUGCAGGUGUUACAAAGGAAUUCAAAGAGAUGAUUCUAGAAGAGAUGCAAUUUACACUAGGGGAACUACCAUUCAAAUAUCUUGGAGUACCAUUAUCCUCUAAGAAGCUGACAACUUACUGGGCACAUGUGUUUUUACUGCCAAAGAAAAUUCUUAAGCUAAUAAUUUCAGCUUGUAGAACUUUUCUAUGGACAGGAAGGGAUGAGCCAUCAAGAAGAGCUUUAACUGCAUGGGAUACAGUAUUUAUGCCUUUCUCAGCAGAUUUUGGGAGUUCAGAUGUUGAAGAGAUUAACCCUUCUCGAUCGCAUAGGGUGAACUGCGAUCGCGUAGAAGGGAUUGGGAAGGCCUGA